AUGAUUGACAGGUCUGAUGAACUGUUUACAGACCGUUCGGACGGAUCAAUGUCAAUUUUGGCAACAAAUUUGGAAAACAGGUUCAAAGUAAGAGACUCGCUAUGCAAAGAGCUGAUAGAAGCGCUAUCGGACUACUCGGAUGUGUACAAAAGACUGAGGUCGAUCACGAUCAUACUUAACUCAAUACUGGUGAACUACGGAAACCUGAUAGUGUACGACGAGAGGAACUACGUGCUGUCGAGAAAUGACCUGGAUAAAAUACUGAGCGUCGAGAUGUUGGAAGAAAAGGUGACAAGGCCCCUGAUUUCAGGAGAGUACGCAAACGAGUUGCAGAGAGAGUCAGUGAAACUGCUGUUUGCAGUGUCAGCGCACCUGCCGCUGGAGGAGUACAGUAAGCUGUAUAGCCAGGAGCUGCUGCUAACACUAAUAUCUAUCGCACAACAGUCGAGCAUGGAGAUGAGCGGGAACAGAGAAGUGUGGACCUCGUGCAUCUCAAUACUGAGGAACGUGAUAAGCCAGGCUGAGUACCCAGUGGAAAUGCUCAACAGAGUAGUGAGCUGCAUAUUCAGCAUAGUGGAUGAGCCCUCAGUGCAACUGUGCAACGAAAUCGUGGCCAAAAUAAUGUUUAGAAGGGCGAACGAGGCUGAAAAUAAGUUCCCGUUCAUGGAGGCAAACGCAUUCUUCACAAUGAAGCUGACGAAGAGAAUAGUGGAGUACCUGGUGACGGUGCUCGAGAGGACGCAGGACACAAGCAUACUCACGACGAGCUGUGACUGCCUAAUCGCAAUAUGCGAACACGCAUUCGGAGUGGACAUGUUUCUGGAGUCAGGGGGUCUCAAGAAGAUCACGGACCUGGUGCUGAUAGUUAACACGAAGCACGAGGCGAUGCUCUCGCUGGACAAGUACAACAAGAGAGCAGACGUCUCUCCGAAGCUGACGAGCAGUUCGCCAAUCAUGAAGGUGAACCAGGCGUUCCACGAGAUCUCCUUCAGCGCACUCUCAGUGAUAAGCAAGGUGGCCUACACGUCGAACCACAGGCAGAUACUGCACCUGAUCAACCACGAGCUGCCGGAGACACUGGUGAAGCUGCUAAGCUGCCCACUGACCAGCACGAAGGUGAAGGCGAGGGCGUGCAACACGCUGGGGAACCUGGGCUGCGAGACCGACAACGAGGUGCAGGCAGUGAUCGACGCGGAGGCGCUCACGGUGCUAAUGAGCACCUUCCAGACGGAGCUCGACCACAGCGUGAGGGUGGAGUCGGCGUACGCAAUAUGCGCCUGUCUGUCGAAGGCAAACAGGAAGCAAAUCGGCUACAUAAUAUCCUGUAACUCGAAAACGAACCACCUAGGGGAUGGAACCUGUAUCGCAUUAAUAUCGAGUAUGUUGGACUUCAUAGUUAAGUGUGACCCGACGAACGAAAGCAGCGUUAAGCUGUGCAGAGUAGUGUUGAACGGAAUGGAAAACAUACUGAAAGUGGGAGAAGAUGAGACGAAGAUGUAUAAACUGACGGAAAACCCAUACAUUAACAUGUUCAGAGAAGCGGAGGGGGACGUCAAACUCUCGCAAGUGUGUUUCUUCCCGGAAUAUAACAUAGCGAAGAAGGCCACAGGGAUUCUGAGAGAAUAUUUUAACCAGGAAGAACACGGAAUGUAA